GUGAACUUGCUUCCAACUCGCAUCUUGGCCUAGACAAACGCGUGCCCUCAAAGCCUACAUACGUCGGUCGAGCUCUUGCCUUCCCUUCACGCUCUGCACGUUGUGUAGGGCGGUAAUUGCGCGCUGAUCAGGUCAAGGUGCCACUCUUCUAGCGUGAGAUCCUCUUGUAACGCCUCAAGCGGGAAUAUUCAGCGAUGUCUUCACGGCGAGCCGCUACGCGGGAUAGGAUCAGGGAAGCAACUGGUCGAGGCAGGCUACGGCAAUUAGGUGCCAGUAUCCCUUCGUCGCCACCCAGGGUGAGCCCAUAGUCGCCCUCAUGGGAUAUCGUCCUUGCGAUAGACAUGAAUCCACAGCACCGACCCGUUCCUACAUUGGAUAUAGGCCCACAAAGCUCGUCUGACCUGCCGUCGUCACCCGAGUACGGAAGGCAGAUAGCCGGUUCACAGAGAGUUCGUACGUUCGAGGAAAGGCGCAUGGCGGUUGACGAGUCCGUAUCGCCUACCUCUGAAGAGCUGCGAUCCCUCAAAUUUGACUUCGCUAGUACCCCGCCCGACGCUCAACCCUUCGGAUUUCCUGGGCCAGCCAACAACAAUUCGCUCAACUUCGACACGAUGAUUCAAUCAGGUGACCCAGAGUGGGCCAGCGUCCUUACGCUAGUACCCAACUGGGCUGAAGAUCCCAACGCGUUGGUGUUCUCUCUCCAACUGGUGUGAAUACUUAC